AUGGAGGAGAUUAUGAAGAAGCGGCAGAAGGAGGCGGAGGCGGCCUACGAGGCGCAGUGGGAUGGCGGCAAGGGCUCCCACCACCCCGACUUCGACCCAGAGGCGGUGGGGGAUGACGUGAUCAAGGCCUCGCGCGAGACGGAGGAGCUUUACAACGCCAUCGUCAAGAACGACAUCAAGCUGGUGUACAAGAAGAUAGAGGAGGGGGCAGACGUGAACUUUGUGUAUGGGCGCGCCUACAAGUGCCCGCAGGGCUACACGCCCCUCAUGGUGGCCUGCCACCGCGGCAGGCUGGAGUGCGCCAAGGCGCUGCUGCGGGCGGGCGCAGACCCCAACUUCAUGAACGGUGCCGGCGACCUCACCCUGUUCUGGGGCAUCGACGGCGGCGUUGAGAUGAUCAAGCUGAUGGUGGAGUAUGGCGCUGACCUGGACGCCGCCACGCCCAAGGACUGGACGCCGCUGUCGUACAGCAAGGCCAAGGGCAAGUAUGGGGCUACCGAGGAGAAGGGCAUCUACCCCGAGGACGUGCUGCGCUACUAUGGCGCCACCAAGUAUGGCACCGGGCCCGAGGCGCUGGGCACGCGCUCGCCGCGCGAGUCGUUCAACCCAGAGGCGGAGGCCUUCCUGCGCGAGCGUGGCAGCUACCAGGCCCCGCCAGAACACCCCUGA